AGAGUCGUCCUGCUGGCUACUGCUGCUCCCCAAGUAAAAGCCCCCAUCAGUUUACCACAAAGGCGAUAGUGAUAUCUAUUGAGAGAGAAAGGCGAGGCAAAGGAGACUAGAAAGAGAGAGGGAGCGGGCAUAUGAUAUGAGGAAUGGGAUUCCCAGGAAAAGCCAAAACCACCUCCUCCACCGGCACCGGCAGUGACCAUCGAAAUUGGGGGAUGGGCUUCCUCUUCAUUCUUUUCCCUGAAGACGAAGACAGUAAUAAUAAUGAUUCUACUUCUGCUGCCUCCUCCAUUAUUAGCAAGAAAAGGCAUCAAAAUGUUUUCAAUCCUUUUUCGUCUUCUUCAAAUUCUUCUUCUUCUUCUUCUUUACCUUUACCAAUAUUCAGACGCUCAAACUCAAGUCAUCUUCUCUCCAGAGCUCAAUCCACAAUUUCCAUCUGUGCACUUCUAUUCUUCAUCACUUUUCUCCUCUUCACCCUCUCCACUUUUGAACCUUCCUCCCACUUUACCCCCAGAAGACAGCUGUCUCAGUUUUCUUCCUCUACAGUUUCUCGUAAAUACAAUAAUGAUUACAACAAGAAAUUCAAGAAUAGCUCAGCAUCUGAUCCUUCCCUGCCACAUGCAUUGCAAGGGAUGGGAACGUUGUACAGAAGGGGAACAAAAGCCAUGAAUGACCUCGUUGUUGCUCAUGUUUCAGAGUCCUUGAGUUUGCAUGAAUUGAAAUUGUUCUUAAGGCUGUUGUACAAAUCUUCUCUUACCUCCCGAGCAGACCUCUUGUUCAUAUUCCCUUCAAAAUCGGCUUCUUUUGACUCGGCCAUUCUCGAGGAGAACGACUCGUUCUCGCAGCUCGUUGAUCACUAUAAAAAGUUGAACUCAACUCAGAAUUUGAGCUUGACCCAGUUCGUGAAAUCGAGUAAAAAGGAUAAGCAAAGCGGGGAGCCAAUCUGGGGAAGGAGAAUUCGGAGCAAUUUUAGUGGAGGAAACGAGACUGAGUCGACUCGGCUGAGUUAUGGCUCGGUGGUGAGCUUUGAUGUUGAUGAGCUUGACCCGGAGAACUCGUUAGCCGGAUUUCUGGACCAUGUUCCAAUGAGUUUGAGAAGAUGGGCGUGUUAUCCGAUGCUACUGGGCCGAGUAAGGAGAAAUUUUAAGCAUAUAGUGCUCGUUGACGCGAAGGAAUUGUUGUUAACAGGUGACCCGCUGAGCCGAGUUAGGAGCGCAAGUCCCGAGUCAGUCUACUUAUCGAUGGUGACUCAGACUGUUUCCACUCGACACGGUAAGAAAAACUCGGAGAAAACCCAGGUCAGUGUCAACCCGGCAAUAAUAAGAGGCGGGGCUCGAGGGGUCAGGCGAUUGUCCAAUUCAAUGCUCACCGAGAUUGCUAGAGCAACCAUGCAACGAAAGAAGAAGAACCCGGUGACUGAGUGGGGACUCUUCAAUCAACUCGUUGGGAAUGAGUUCUUACUGAAGAACGUAAAUUUGAUUAAGUCAACCGAGUAAAUACCAGAACUGAGUUCACUCACUGGGUCGAAUUCGAAACCAGGUUCCCCUUCCUCGUCGAUAUCCAAAUUUACAGUGGUUAGACGCGGUAAACAGUAACUUUCAUGUAAAUUCUAGUGUUUUGAAAGAUAUAUUGUGUUCUUCCCCACUAGAAAUUUCAGUUUAUAGAAGUAAUUGUUUGUAGCCAAAGGACAUAAUUAUAAUUAUUAGGACAGGAAAUUAAAGAUCUGAAUUUUUUUUUGGUUGAUGAAAUAGUAGUGUUUGUUCGCAUACUGAUCUGGUGAAUAAAAUUUCAAUAGUUUUGUGGUAA